AUGAUUCUUAAUUUUGGUUCGCUGCAGUUCUUGGCAUUAGAGUCGCCGUCGCAAGCUGUGCAUCCGGCCGGCACGCCCACGUCUCCUCUCACAUCAUCGUCGCCACCUUUCGGCAUGGCACACUACGCGUCACUAUAUCACGGCGGCGCUUCCAUGCCGCCGCUGCCUCCGGGGAUCCCCGUCCGCAGCGUAUGGGAAGACAAUCUAGAGCUCGAACUGCGCUUCCUCCAUAGCUUUGUUCAUAACGCCCGCUACGCCGCGGUGAACAUCCAUUACCCCGGCGUCAUACACAACGGCAGUCAGAAGCACACCUCACAGACAGCUGAUGAGCGAUACAGCGUGAUCAAGGCCAACGUCGACACUCUCAAGCCCAUCCAGGUUGGCCUCGCCAUCUACAACGACUUCGGCCACAUCGUCGCGUGGGAGUUCAACCUCCGUGGCUUCCACCCGGUGAUGGACCCGCACGCCGCCAACUCCGUUGGGUACCUCCAAGAACGCGGCCUGAGCCAAUAG